CGCCGGCGGACGGACCAUCGCUCGCCACACGCACGCCGGUGAUGUGUCGCUGACCAGCGGGACGGCGCUCCGGGGGCCCAGACGCGCACGAGAUUCAUUUUGGGUUUUGCUUUUGCAUGUCAGCAGGACAGGACCCGGCGGUGGACGGACCGGACCGGAGCGGACCGGACCGGACGGACGGCUGGUUGUGGGUUUUUUUUGUGCCGUGUUCUACGUGUCUCUAAUUAGCCGGAGGCAUGCGGAGUCGCGUAAGGAUUAGGAACUGCCUCACAAUUGCGUGCUUGUUGUUGACGUUAUGGGCGGAGGCGUCCCUGUCGACCGGCCGCUUCGAGCUGCAGAUGAUCACCGUGCAGAACCCGAACGGCGAGCUGGCGGACGGGGAGUGCUGCGACGGCGCCCGGAGCCCGCAGGACCUGCGCUGCAGCCGCGACGAGUGCGACACCUACUUCAAAGUGUGCCUCAAAGAGUACCAGACCGAGGUCACCCCGGCCGGACCCUGCACCUACGGCGACGGCGCCACGCGGGUUCUGGGUGGGAACGUGUUCUCUUUCAAGACCUCCAGGACCAACCCCGGCAGAAUCGACGGCGCCGGCGGGAUCUCCAUCCCCUUCCAGUUCGCGUGGCCGCGGGCGUACACACUGAUUGUAGAGGCCUGGGACUGGGACAACACCACACACAACAAUGAGGAGGAGCUGCUGAUCGAACGCAGCGUCCGCACUGGUGUGAUCGUCCCCACCGACCGCUGGCAGACCAUUCCUCACGAUGGGCCGGUGGCGCGCCUGGUCUACCGCAUCCGGGUCCGCUGUGACGAGAACUACUACGGCAGCAAGUGCAAUGAGCUGUGUGUCCCACGGGACGACUACUUCGGCCACUACCGCUGUGAGCCGCUGGGUAACCGGGUGUGCCUCGAGGGCUGGAUGGGCCAGGCCUGCAGCACAGCGAUCUGCAAGCAAGGCUGCAACCUGCUGCACGGGAGCUGCUCGCUGCCGGGCGAAUGCAAGUGUAACUACGGCUGGCAGGGCCAGUUCUGCGACGAGUGUUUGCCGUACCCCGGCUGUGUCCACGGGACCUGCGUCAAACCUUGGCAGUGUAACUGCGAGAAGAACUGGGGCGGCCUGCUGUGUGAUAAAGAUCUGAAUUACUGUGGCCGCCAUCAGCCCUGCGUCAAUGGAGGCACCUGUAUGAACACGGAGCCAGACGAGUACCACUGUGCUUGUCCGCACGGCUACUCGGGCAAGACCUGCCAGAUAGUGGAGCACGCCUGUUCCUCAAACCCUUGUGCCAAUGGGGGCACAUGCCAUGAGGUUUCCUCGGGGUUCCAGUGCCACUGUCCACCUGGCUGGGAAGGCCCAACCUGUGCCAGCGACAUGGACGAAUGUGCCUCCAGACCUUGUGCCCAGGGCGGGACCUGUAUUGAUCGAGAAAAUGGCUUCGAGUGCGUGUGCCCGCCGCAGUGGGAGGGGAAGACCUGCCAGAUCGAUGCUAAUGAGUGUGCAAGGAAGCCCUGUUUGAAUGCUUACUCUUGCAAAAAUUUGAUUGGUGGAUAUCUCUGCAGCUGUUUCCGGGGAUGGUCCGGACAAAACUGUGACAUCAAUACCAGUGACUGCAGCGGUCAGUGCCACAAUGGAGGAACGUGCACGCAGGACGGCGGUGGCUACCGUUGCCAGUGCCGACCAGGCUACGUUGGUGCUCGCUGUGAAAUCCAGCAGAGCAAGUGUGACAGCGGGCCGUGCCAGAACGGCGGCCGCUGCUACGGGACGGCGGACAGCUUUGUGUGCGAGUGCCCGCUGGAGUUCUCCGGGCAGCUGUGUCAGAUCGCCAGCUGGUCCUCCUCAGAUCCAUGCGACCCAGACCCAUGUGAGAACGGGGCUACCUGCCACGGCAUGGCUCAGGACUUCUACUGCGCUUGUCCUGAAGGCUACGAGGGAAAGACGUGUGCCCAGGUCAAGGACCACUGCCGGACCACUCCUUGUCAAGUGAUUGACAGCUGCACCAUUGCUGUUGCGUCAAACGACUCGGCUGAAGUGCUCCACAUCUCCUCCAACGUGUGUGGGCCGCGGGGUCGCUGCAUCAGCCAGCCAGGAGGCAACUUCACUUGUGUUUGCGACCCAGGCUUCAGCGGCGCCUACUGCCACGAGAAUAUAAAUGACUGUAUCGGUAGCCCCUGCAGGAACGGUGGGACCUGCAUCGAUGGAGUCAACUCCUUCCAGUGCUUCUGUGCUGAUGGCUGGGAGGGUCGACUAUGUGACCUCAAUGUGAACGAGUGCAGCCGCAACCCGUGUAAGAACGGUGGACGGUGCGUUGACCAGGUGAACGAGUUCUACUGCGAGUGUGCUGACAACUGGAAGGGCAAGACGUGCCAUUCCCGUGUAAGCCAGUGUGACCCCACCACCUGCAGUAACGGAGGGACCUGCUACGACCAUGGCGAUGCCUUUCGCUGUGCCUGUCCGUCCGGAUGGGGAGGAAACACUUGCAAUACAGCAAAGUACAGCACAUGCAUCUCCAGUCCCUGUUCCAACGGCGGCACGUGCGUCGGAGGAGGGGAUGCCUUCACAUGCAUAUGCAAAGAAGGCUGGGAAGGCCCGACCUGCAGCCAAAAUACGGACGACUGCAACCCUCACCCUUGCUACAAUGGAGGCAUGUGUGUUGAUGGAGUCAACUGGUUCCGCUGUGAAUGUGCCCCAGGGUUUGCCGGACCCGACUGCCGCAUCAACAUCAACGAGUGCCAGUCUUCCCCUUGUGCCUACGGCGCCACCUGUGUGGACGAGAUCAAUGGCUACCGCUGUCUAUGCCCCCUCGGAAGAACAGGACCCCGAUGCCAAGAGUUCGUCGGCGUAGGGAAGACUUGCCGUUAUGCCGGGCUGCAGUUUCCCCACGGGAGCCGCUGGGAAGAAGAGUGCAACAGCUGCCACUGCAUCAACGGCAACGUAGACUGCACGAAGGUUAUGUGUGGCCGGCGUCUUUGUCUGCUCCAGAAACCAGGGCAGGAACACAAGCGGACGUGCCCGGCUGGGCGAGAGUGUUUGGAGCACAGAUACCUCACCUGCUUCUCCUCUCCGUGCUAUCAGUGGGGGGUGUGCUCCAUCUCUGGACCUCCACCUCCACAAGUGCCCACCAAGUGCCAGCCAAACAGUGGGCACCUGGACAACAGCUGUGCCCGCAUGACUCUUAUCUUCAACAAGGACAAAGUGCCAGCAGGAACAACAGUGGAGAAUAUCUGCUCAGAGCUAAGGUAUCUUCCUGACACCCGAAGACUGGCAAAAGAUCGUGCAUUACUCUUGCUUUGUGACAUGUCGCACUCUAACCAGGAUGCAGUAGAGGUGGCCAUUUCUUUCCAGCCUGAGGACCAGCCAGACCACAGUCUAAUCCAGGAGGCAGCCAGCACCAUAGUGGGCACGUUGGCUAAGCGCCAUAAUAGCACCAUAAUGGUGGCAGUCAUUGAGGUCAAAGUAGAAACGCAAGUGAUGCCCCCUUCAGUGGAUUACCUAGUGCCCAUACUGUGCGUGGCCGUCUGCUCGCUGUGUCUCCUCUGCAUCAUCAUGUGUGUGUGGUGGACCCGCAAACGAAGAAAAGAGUGUGAGCGGAGGACACGAGCUGCCGCUGCUGAUGACAGCAUGAACAACCAGUGGGAGCCACUGCGACCGGUGGUGGGACGCCAGCAGCAACAGCAGCAGCUCAAAGACAGCAACAGGGAGGCUGAGCAAGAGCGCAAAAAGCUCAUGGGCCCCUCCUGUCGGACAUGUGAUGGAGGGGAGGAAGAAGAGGAGGAGGAGGAGGAGGAGACUGAGGGGGAGCUUGAGCUAGAGGAAGAUGGCGGGUCGGUUUAUAUGCACUGUACGACUGCGGUGCAGUCCAAAGGGGACUUGAUCUGCACCUUGCACAGCUCCAGUUCACCUCUCAAAGCACCCCACCGGACGCCGUUCUACAGCCCCAAAGAUAACCGCUGGAAAAAUGUCAGCACCGCCUUGGCCGGUCAUAAAGACCUCAGAGACCAUUGUGUAUAAAAAAGAAUUCAGAAUAGCCAAGAGAAGCCUGUUGCUUGAGUACUCCUAUUUUUGACCUAUGAAAGAGAAAGGAAAAAAAAAAGGCUUUUAAGUUCAAAAAAGCCAUUCUUUCUGUUUUGUUUUUUUUUGUUUUUGUUGUUGCUGUCCUCAGUAAGACAUUUUGAGUCUGAAUGUUAGAAUGACGUGAACUCAUAUUUUUUCAUUAUGUUCAGCAGAAAUGUCAUUUGUAUUGAGGCGUGAAAGGGCCUCUGCAAUUUUUGUUUUGGAAUCGGACCAUUUACGCAGUCAGGACUAGUCUACAUGGAGAAGAAGAAACCUGUAUAAAGAGUUUUGUUGUUUACAGAUGAUUGUGAUUUUGUUCGUUAGCUGGAUCCUGUCUGGUGGGGUGGGGUAGAACCACAGAUAGA